GAGGGGGGAGGGGCGCCGCGGGCAGCUCCCGGAGGCGGCCGCGAGGCGGGGAGAGGCCCGGGGCAGCUGCGGCCGCGCAAGCAGGCGGUCUGGGCUCGGCUCCGCGGGUCCUCGGGCGCGGCUCGCGACGGAUCCCUACCUACGCAGACCUCGGGCCAGCGAAGAAGCUGAAUAUACUCAACUGGAGGAGAAGCAGAGACAAAGUCACCAUGGCCUCAGUGUCUACCCACGGAAACCAAGAUAAAGGCCCCCAUUUGCCACCACCAAGCAAGCAGAGUCUAUUAUUUUGUCCAAAAUCAAAACUGCACAUCCACAGAGGGGAGAUUUCAAAGAUUAUCCGAGAAUGUCAAGAAGAAAGCUUCUGGAAGAGAGCUCUGCCUUUUUCUCUUGUGAGCAUGCUCGCCACCCAAGGACUAGUCCACCAUGGUUAUUUAGCAUCUAAUCCAAGAUUUGGAUCAUUGCCCAAAGUUGCACUUGCGGGUAUCUUGGGAUUUGCCCUUGGAAAGGCAUCAUACAUACGAGUAUGCCAGAGUAAAUUCCAUUCCUUUGAAGAUCAGCUACGUGGUGCUGGUUUUGGUCCAGGGCAUAACAGGCACUGCCUGCUUACCUGUGAGGAAUGCAAGAUCAAGCACGGAUUAAAUGAGAAAGGAAGUUCGCAGCCUUCAGCGUCUUAAACUUUAGUCUCUAUGGCCAACGUGGGGCUCAAGCUCAUGACCCCAAGAUCAAGAGUCGGAUCCUCUACCCACCAAACCAGCCGCAUGCCCCUUAAAUGAGCUAAUACUUAAAUGCUUACAGUAGUGCAUGGCUCAGAGUAACCACCCAAUGGAUGUUAGCUAUUACUACUACUACUACUACUACUGCUACUACGACGACGAUGACGACGACGACGACGUUUAAUGGAGUCCAAAAGUUCGUGUCACACUUUUUUGGCCUGUGCUAAGCUUUUUCACAUGACCUAUCUUAAAGUCAAGUCUCCCUAUUUUAUGCUUGCGCAUCUCUGGUCAUUCUGAACUUCAGUGUAACUCAUGACAUUCUCAGUUCUUUUUGAUUUCAUGAUGCUACUCUCUGUCCUUUUGAGUUUAAAUUUUGUAAUUCAACAGGUACAUCUUGUGUCAGCUGCCCCUUUUGGUUUCUUAAUGUAUAGUGUUCAUGGUAAGUGCUCAAACAAUCUUUGUUGACUGAAUAAUUGUCUUGAAGAAUGUAUUAUAAAAUACAAACCUUGAAGACUGGUUUGCUCUA